UGCUCCUUCUGGGGCCUCCUCACUGCAUAUUUGUCCCCUCUCCUUCCUAAUCAGUGUUGGCUCUUUCAAUUCUAGGUGUGUCUGACACUGCAGAGGAGCAUCUGCCUCUGUCCUACAUGUGCCUCAGCGAAUGUCAUGGCCUGGGAGUGCCCUGCCCAGCCGUUCUCACCUGCAAAGCCAGACUUAAUAUGGCAAGUACAGGAUGCCAAGCCCACAGCUACCCCAGGAGGACAUCAGCCUGGCCCCCCUGUCUGCACUGAGCAGCUGCCUCUGAUCCCUGAGCCAAGCAGAAGGGAACUGUUGACAGCCUGAAGGGCUGACCGACUGAGAGGCUCAGAGACCACCAGCUCUGCUUCCAGCUCACCAGCAAGAUGUGGACAGCCCUGGUGCUGGUUUGGAUUUCCUCCAUGCCCUUAUCUAGAAGCCAUACGGUGUCUGAGGAGCCACUCACGACCAAGAUGUGGCCUACAGCAGCAAAGCAAAGUGAGCCUAGGAACACAAGUCCAACAGCUGACAAUAAACCAACCGGGAGAACAGCCACAGUGUUGCCUACUCCUGUCACAUCGACCACAGGGACCUGGACAACCAGCCUGAACUCUACCAAAGUGACAGCAGAGGUGACAACACAUCAGACAAACAUGAGCAUUCCAACAACCAGAGAGGCCACUACAGACAGCGUGACCUCCCCCACUCUCGCGUCACCUACAUUGUCAAGCCCCUCACCUAUGGGGAAGACUCUACCCAUCACCACUGCUGGGCGUUCCUCUCUCAGCACACCACGUGCAGAAGUGCCAAGUACAAAUGCCAGCACAUCACCAAGAAUAGCCACAGUGGCCCCACAUACCACAACUAUUGCUGUAGGCACCAUGAACACAAGCGGUCCCACAAGUACGCUGAGUUCUGCCAGAAGCACACCUACUGACUCAUCCGCCAUGAACACCGUACCCACCUCAGGUUCCCAGACACAAGGUACCACCAUCCAGGUGACAACAGAACAGCCAGUGCAAAGCACAGCAGGUAGAUCAACACCUCGUCCUUCCAGUGCCACCCUGGAGCCCACCACCACCCGCCCUGCUGUAGUGACCACCACCCAGAUACAAACCAAGGAGCCAACUGCCAGCACGGUGCCAGUGUCUUCUACCAACCCAACCCCUGAAGUGGGAGCCACAUCCCCCACUACACAGCCAAGCCCCACGUUGUCUACGCAGGGGCCAGGUGGGCCAGGCACACCCCUGACAACAGAGCGGGCAGAGACCAAAGCCACAGCUGGUACUGCCUCUGCUGGGCCAACACCCAGGAGCUCCGGGGGCCCUAAGGUGCCAACCACAGACUCGUGUCAGCUCAGCACCCAAGGCCAGUACCUGGUGGUCACCACGGAACCCCUUACCCCAUCCUUGGUGAACAAAAUGUUGCUUUUGGUGGUGCUCGUUCUUGGGGUGACCCUCUUCAUCGCCAUCCUGGUGAUGUUUGCCCUGCAAGCCUAUGAGAGCUACAAGAAGAAGGACUACACGCAGGUAGACUACCUGAUCAAUGGCAUGUACGCUGACUCAGACAUGUGAGGGCCCCUGGAGGCCGGCCUUCACCAUGGCCUUCUAUUUUGCCUCAGACCAAACCAAGUGCUUCCAGAUCCUUUUGGUGCAAUCUCAGAACUGUGCCAGAUGCUUAGACACACUUAAUUGCUAUCAGAUCAACUCCAUGAUCACAAGAGAGCUGCCUUUUCAUAUUUAUUUUUCUAAACGAUCACAUAUGCAGGAGUGGCCAAGGUCGAGGGGGCCUGGCCUGCUUAGCUCUCGAUGUGUGAAAUCUUGACCAGAAUUAAAAGCAGUAACAAAUCUCCA